AUGAGCCAAGAAACGAGUGUAUUUUCUCAGCAGCAUCAACAACAACAACAACCUUUCAAAACGGUGCCGCUUCAAGAACAUUCUCUUCUUCAAUCAUCAUCAUCACGAUCAUCAUUUUGCACAACAACAACGACAUUACCCAAUUUUGUUUCGGCUAUGGAGAUUUCAUCACCCGACAUGCCAUCACCGUUUUUAGGGAGGUGUACAAGUGCUGCCAUGAAAGAUAUGAUGAGUAUGAAUCAGAGUGCCGAAAAAGUUGUAUCUUCUUCUACUGUAAAUCAUGAUCACCGUAGGGAUUUCCAAGAACCCUUGAGGAUUAGAAGAAGAGUUGUAUUACCAAAACUUAUUGUUCCAAACUUGGAAAGUGUACAUGAAUGCGUGUUAUUAGAGUGUAAAGAAAAGGAAUUAUAUUUGAAAUUAGGGAAAUUUAGAGAAAAUAGAGUUGAUGAAAUUUUGGACAUGUUUGAACGAAACACCUUCUAUACUACUAAUAUUUCCAAUCAACCUACCGAAACAAAAGACUUGAGCAAUCAAUAUGCUUGUAAAUAUUUUCCAACCUCGCACAGAAACGUGAAUCAAAUUGUACUCUUUAAAAAGGAUGAUGAUGAACGCAACAACAAGUCAUCAUCCAAUCAAAUUUUGGAAAACCAUUUAAUAACGAAAUCAUCCAUGAUGACAAGUCCUCCAGAAAAUAAGAAAGAGGCUACGACUUUAUCACCACAACAUCAAAAAUACUUUCAAAAAUCAUCUCCGUUGCAAAGAUCCAAAUUGGAUUUCAUACCACACACAACAUUUACUUUUAGCAGCAAUCACGAUGGCGAAGGCUAUUCCCAUCAAAAAUUGAACAAAGCAUCCAAGCGAAAGUUUAUGGACGUAGAGGAAUGCUGGGCGUAUGAAGCUGGUACCGUCAACAACAACAACCCCCAAGGUUGUUCAACACUAACAAACUCUUAUAACUACAACUGCAAGAGAUUGACUUUAACUAAUCCAACUAACGAUCUUAUUUCUCUGGACCUUAAAGUUAAAAAGACAUCGUCAGUAUUUGCGCAUGCAAAACUUCGCAAACAAAAAGCCCAAUCCAAACAAAUGUACUCUUCUCCUUCCUUCCAUGAUAGAAUAGCGUAA